AUGAAAGCGGCGGUACUGACCAGUUUUCAGGCUCCAUUGGAAAUAAAACAAGUUCCAAUACCUAUUCCAAAUGAUGAUGAAGUUCUUGUAAAACUGAUCGCAUGCGGUGUUUGUCAUUCGGAUUUGCAUUUGGCUCACGGUGACUGGGACCUCAAACCUCCAUUGCCACGAAUUCUAGGACACGAAGGAGUCGGUGAAGUUGUUAAAUUAGGUAAAAAUGUGAAUGAUAAUUAUGAAAUCAAAUUGGGCGAUAUUAUCGGCGUGCCAUGGAUUCGUUCGACAUGUUCUCAUUGUGAAUAUUGUUGUACGAGUCGUGAAACAUUAUGUGCGAAACAACUCAAUUCUGGUUUCAGUGUUGAAGGAUGUUUUGCGGAAUAUGCCAUGUAA